AUGGAGGAUGAAUUAAAUACUACAUAUAUAAUGUUCGAUGGGUAUGUUGAACUACAUAAAUAUAGAUAUGUCUAUUUUUCAGUCAUGUUUAUAGUAUAUAUAUUAAUAAUCUGCUGUAAUUUUACCAUUGUUUGUCUGAUUUGGAUUCACCAAAACCUCCAUGAACCCAUGUAUAUUUUUAUUGCAGCUUUGUUACUUAAUUCCGUCCUUUUCAGCACUACGAUCUACCCAAAGCUGUUGAAUGACUUUUUAUCUGUAAAACCUAUGAUAUCUUAUUCAACUUGUCUCUUUCAGUUUUUUUUUUUUUACACUUUGGCAAGUUCAGACAUCUCACUUCUGGCAGCCAUGGCCUAUGACAGAUAUGUUUCUAUUUGUAGACCUUUACAGUAUACAACUAUCAUGACAAAGACAACCAUGAGUGUCUCUCUGGUUUUAGCGUGGCUCUUGCCUGCCACUCACAUUAUAGUGCUGGUAAAGCUCAGCGCUGAUAUGACACUUUGUGAUUUCACUAUAAAAGGAAUCCUCUGUAACAACUCCCUUUAUAAACUCGGCUGUGGGACUUCAAGAGUAAGGACUAUAUUUGGUAUUUUUGUUCUUAUAAACACAGGACUCUUGCCGAUGCUUUUUAUACUUUUCACUUACAUGAAAAUAUUUGUAAUAUCAUAUAGAAGCUCUAAGGAAAUGCGAACCAAAGCUGCUCAGACAUGUUUCCCACAUUUACUGGUUUUAAUCAGUUUCUUCUGUUUAUGUGCAUAUGAUGUCAUUAUAGUGCGGAUAAAAUCGGAUUUUCCAAAAACUGCACGGAUGAUAAUGACGUUACAAAUAAUUACGUAUCAUUCUUUGUUUAAUCCAAUCAUAUAUGGGCUAAAAAUGAAAGAAAUUUAUAAACACCUGAAAAGAUUGUUCUGUUCAACUGCUCUGAUGUGA